GCAGGCAGGGGUAUUUCUUGACAGGGUCAGUAGUUCAGAAGGCUAUUUCAAAGCCAUGGGGUGGAGUUUAUUCACUGUAUGUAUUGUUUUCUUUGGGGUAAGGGUGUGUACUUGUAAUUAUACAAAUGUAAUUAAGAAUAAAAAAUGAAGAAGGUAUUGGAUUUAAGGGAGUGCUGUUGCUUGACUUCAGAGAACACUGGCUUGGAUCCCAUUAAUGAAACAAGGUCCUCUGCAAUGACCACAAACCAAGAUGAUACUGACAACCACAUCCUGCUCAAUCCUGGAGAGGACAAUGAGAUGGAUGUGUUUGGCUACAGAACUGUGUGGUGGAGACAAGUCCUGUGUAUCGUAGGAUAUAUUUUUUCUCUUGGAGUCCUGCUACUUGUCUUUUACUGGAAGCCAGAGUGGGAUGUGUGGUGUCAUUGUGUUCCAUGCAGCUUGAAGAAGGCUAAUGUUACAUUGCUCAGGACCACAGAUGAUUUUAAGAAAUAUUCCAAGAAAAAUGUAUGGUGGGUCCAUCCGUUUACUGAAGGAGAGAAAGGAAAAUUCAGCAUAAUGUCUGAUGAGAAAUCUUUGAUUAAAAAGUCACUGAUAAUGCCCGAGCACAGGAUACGUUGCAUAAGAGUGCAGAAAAUUCGAUAUGUCUGGAACACUUUGGAAGCAAGGUUUCAGAAAAUUGGGGUUCUCGAAGAGGAAUAUUCUUGUUCAGAUGUUCAUUCAAAGUUUGGUUCUGGUUUAACUAAUGAAGAGCAAGAAAUAAGAAAACAGGUUUGUGGAUUAAAUGCAAUAGAGGUUGAAAUUGUCCCAAUCUGGAAGUUGCUUUUUAAAGAGGUUUUGAAUCCGUUUUACAUUUUUCAAGCUUUUGCUCUCAGUCUCUGGUUGGCUACUGGCUACAUAGAGUUUUCCGUCGUACUUAUUAUUAUCACCGUCCUAUCUAUGGCUGCUACUGUCUACAACCUAAGGAUGCAAUCUGUUAAACUGCACAACUUAGUUGAAUCCCAUAACAGCACGAUGGUUACUAUUCUUAGAAAAAACGGAGUUACUGAAGAAGUGGAGUCUCGUUAUUUGGUACCUGGUGAUGUCAUCGUAUUAACCGGAAAGAAGUUUUAUUUGCCUUGUGACACCAUAUUAAUCACAGGGGGGUGUAUAGUAAACGAAGGGAUGUUGACAGGGGAAAGUAUUCCUGUGACAAAGACAUCUUUGCCGAAUAUUGAAAACUUUGUUCCAUGGAAAAUAUACAGCGGAGAAGAUUACAAAAGGCAUGUUCUGUUUUGUGGAACUGAAGUCAUCCAGACAAGACCCCCUAACAAUGGUCUGGUAAAAGCUGUUGUUUUAAGAACAGGAUUCAACACAGCCAAGGGCGAUCUUGUUCGCUCUAUUCUGUACCCAAAACCAGUUAACUUUAAACUACACAGAGAUGUCUUGAGAUUCCUAAUGGGACUGAUGGCAAUCUCUGUGGUUGGAGUUAUUUACACAGUUAUUGUCUACAUUCAAAAUGCAGCUUCUGCAAAAGACACAGUCUUGUGGUCACUACUUGUUAUAACGGUUAGCGUCCCUGCGGCCCUGCCAGCCGCGGUCACAGUCUGUAUUCUGUAUUCUCAAAUGAGGCUCCAGAAGAAUGGGAUAUUCUGCUUGAGUGCACAGAGGAUUAAUAUGUGUGGACAACUAAACAUUGUUUGUUUUGACAAAACAGGUACCUUAACCGAAGAUGGAAUGGAAUUAUGGGGAAUUGUUCCGUCCAAUGGAAAAUGUUUUCAGGAUGUGCAUAUCUUCACUCCAGGAACUAGUUUGCCAUGGGGACCACUUCUAGGAGCAAUGGUCAGCUGCCAUUCACUAAUGAUCUUAGAUGGUGCAGUCUGCGGCGACCCACUAGAUCUGAAGAUGUUUGAAGGAACAGACUGGAAAAUUCAAGACAACGAGGAACAAGAUGUGUCCACUCAAAAUGUGAUUGUAAAACCAGGACCAGAAGCAGAGCCAGUUCCAGUAGAAGGUGUAGUUCUCCUGCAUCAAUUCCCAUUUUCAUCUAGCCUGCAGCGAAUGUCUGUCGUUGCACAAGUUAUUGGAGAAGAUACGCUCUUGGUGUUUUUAAAGGGAGCUCCAGAAAUGGUUGUGCAGUUUUGCAAACAAGAGACAGUCCCUUCCAGCUUCCCAACAGAACUUGAACACUAUACAUUACAAGGCUUUAGAGUAAUUGCAUUGGCAUAUAAGACAUUAAACAAUGGCACUUACCUAGACACCAAGAGUUUGGAAAGGGAAGAAGUAGAAUCUGAUCUUUUAUUUCUUGGGCUGCUUAUUAUGGAAAACAAACUUAAACCUGAGACAAAAUCAGUUCUGCACGAGCUAAAUGCUGCUAAUAUAAGGACUGUGAUGAUCACAGGUGACAACCUUCAAACAGCUUGUACUGUAGGUAAAACAUCUGGGAUGUUUCCUCGUAGUAGCAAGUUGAUUCUAGUAGAUGCAAAUGCUCCUGAAGGAGACUCACCUGCAUCAAUAAAGUGGCAAACGAUAGAAGACAAUAUUGAAAAUGGAUCUAAGCCACAGGAUUUAAAUAUUGACAUAAAUGGCAGCAGUUACCACAAACCCAAAGACUUUCAUUUUGCAAUGAGUGGAAAAACAUACCAGGUUGUUGUGGACCAUUUCCCUGAAUUAUUGCCAAAAAUUCUUCUCAAUGGAACCAUUUUCGCUAGAAUGAGUCCUGGUCAAAAAUCGAAUUUAAUUGAAGAAUUCCAAAAAAUAGAUUACUAUGCAGGUAUGUGUGGAGAUGGUGCAAAUGACUGUGGGGCUUUGAAAGUGGCCCAUGCUGGUAUCUCUUUGUCAGAGUUAGAAGCAUCAGUGGCGUCUCCCUUUACAUCGAAAACUCCCAAUAUUGAAUGUGUUCCAAAGCUAAUAAAGGAAGGAAGAAACUGCCUCGUUACAUCUUUUUGUGUGUUUAAGUACGUAGCGAUGUACGCCAUGAUUGAGCUUAUAUGUUUGAUGCUUCUCUUUUGGGAACAAACCAUUUUAGGAAACCGUCAUUACUUGAUGCAAGAUGUGGCUAUCACUAUAACAGUGUCGCUAACGAUGAGUUUAACUGGUCCAGCUCCUGUAUUGGCUCCAUACCGACCUGCUGGACAGCUUAUUUCACCUCCUCUGUUACUGUCUAUGGUCUUAAAUUUCAUAUUCAGUCUCAUAGUACAAACUAUCGGUUUCACAUUGGUUCAGCAACAGCCGUGGUACAAUGAAACAGAUAUUUUUAGUGCUUGUCUCCCACCAAACCACACUGCAUUUACUAAUACAGAAGAAAAAGAACCCCUAGCAAAUCAAAAUUUUUUAAGCACCACAAUGUGGUUCAUAAGUGGGAUGAAUCUCAUCAUUGUGGAAUUUGUGUUCUCCAAGGGAAAACCUUUCAGACAACCAUUGUAUGCAAACUAUGUGUUUUCCUUCAUGAUUGCUGCGCAGUUGGCGGCCUAUAUAUUUGUUUACUUUGCUGAUAUUGAAAGUGUAUACCAGGCCAUGGAGCUGAUCUGUACACCAUAUUACUGGAGGGGCAACGUCUUUAUUAUGGUGGCUGUUCUGUUUGCCGUUAGCUACAUUGUUGAGGAGGCUUUCAUUGAGAACAGAAAUUUAUGGUUAACAAUAAAGAGGAUUUUCAACUACAAAUCAAAAAGUCAGUAUAAGAGGUUGCAAAGAAUGCUGGAAAAAGACACAAACUGGCCUCCAGAAAACCGGACAGACUACCUUAGCCACGGAACCCGCGGAGAGUACAUCAACGGACAAAUGUAUGAAAAUCCAGCCUUUGAUUAUUUAACAGAGAAAACUAUCUAUGAGCCCAAAGAAAAUAUGUUUCCUGUUUAAUAAUACUAACGAGGGACAAAGACAUCUAUUCGUAACUAACUGUAUGUGAUGUAUUAUUUUUUUGCUCUAAAUAUGAAAGCGCUUUUUUUUUUAACCAAACCCAAUGAGCAAUAAAAUAUACAAAAUAAUGCAAAUUCACUUUUAUUCAUAUUUCACUCAGAUUUGCAGCACAGGUGUUAAUAUCAUUAAAAAGAUAACUUAUAGAAGUACUUGUGUGUGCAUGUUUCUUUAACACCAAUUGUGAAAUAAAACCAUAACAAGAUACAGUAUUGAAAUCCA